GAGGGCAGAUGUCGAAGCGUGGCUGAGUUUGAGAAGCUUAAUCGAAUUGGUGAAGGCACUUAUGGCAUCGUUUAUAGAGCUAAAGAUGUCGCAUCAAAGGAGGUUGUUGCGCUGAAAAAGGUUCGAAUGGAAAAUGUUAGAGACGGAAUUCCUAUCAGCAGUCUGCGUGAAAUUACACUGCUUCUCAGUUUAAAGCAUCCAAAUAUAGUGCAUCUACGUGAAGUUGUUGUUGGAAGAGGACUGGAUAGGUCAGCCGGAUGCAUAAUGGGUGAACUUUUGUUGCACAAACCUCUACUGCCGGGGAAGAGUGAGAUUCACCAAUUAGAGCUUAUUAUUGAUUUGUUGGGCACUCCAAAUGAUCAAAUCUGGCCGGGUAUGUCAAAAUUACCUGCCCUGGAGAAAAUCACAUUGAAGAAACAGCCGUGA